AUGGCUCCGCCCAUCAACGUCGCCAUCCCGGCCCACCUGACCCCCGCCGGCAUCUCUGGUAAUAAGCUCCUCGGAUACGAGCGCGCAAAGGCCAGCUUCGACUCCCAGGAUAUGGCCGAGUACAUCCAUGGCAAGGCCUACCUCGAAGAGCAGACCUAUCUGCUCAACGUCCUCGCCAACGACCCCGCCUUCGACAAGAGCUCCAUGCAUUACCUCGGCCGUACGGAGCGCUUCCGUGCCGCCAUGAAGAAGGACAAGCGCCUCGCCCAGCUCCAGAGGGAGCACAACUGGUCCGACAAGACGAGCCGCCAUGCUGACUUCCUCUGCGACUCCCCGGCGCCUUUUGGCCUGCACAAGAGCAUGUUCAUCACCACACUCCGCAACAUGGGCACAGAUGAGCAGCGAGAGGCGUUCCUCAAACCCGCCGAGGCGUACCAGAUCAUCGGAUGCUAUGCGCAGACCGAGCUCGGCCACGGCUCCAACGUGCAAGGACUAGAAACGACCUGCACAUACGAAGAGGAGACCAAAGAGUUCAUCGUCCACAGCCCGACGCUGACAUCGGCCAAAUGGUGGAUUGGCGGCCUGGGCCGCUCGGCCGACCAUGCGAUCGUCAUGGCACAGCUCAUCCUCAAGGGCAAGAGCUAUGGCCCCCAUCCGAUCAUCGUUCAGAUUCGUGACAUCAAGACUCGCGAACCCUUGCCCGGUCGCAUCAUCGCAGACAUUGGCCCCAAGGCAGGCUACAACACGACCGACAACGGAACGCUGCUCCUCGACCAAGUCCGUGUGCCGCACAUGAAUCUGCUCGCGCGCUUCGCCAAAGUUGACCCCGACACGGCAGCCUACGUUCCACCAAAGAAUUCUGCGCUGACGUACGGCACGCUGACCUGGGUGCGCGCCAAUAUUGUGCAGGAUGCGCGUACCGUACUCAUGCGCGCCACGACGAUCGCCAUACGCUAUUGCGCUAUCCGUAGGCAGUUUGGAGACCGUGACGCCCCCAAGUUCGACGAACACGGCAGGCCGGUCGAGACACAGGUGCUAGACUACACCAUGGUCCAGUACAGGCUCUUGCCAAUCCUCGCACAGGCCUUUGCGUUCCACUACACUGCAAAAUUUAUGUACAACCUCUACCAUGCCAACGAGGACAAUGUCCAGUCCGGCGACCUCUCGCUCCUGGCGGACACGCACGCUUCGUCCUCGGGACUCAAGUCACUCGUUACGCUCACUGCCGCGAGCGCGAUCGAGGAGUGUCGGCGCGCCUGCGGGGGACACGGCUACUCGAUGAGUUCCGGCCUGCCGAGCUUCUACGCGGACUACCUGCCGAACGUGACGUGGGAGGGCGACAGUUACAUGCUGACACAGCAAUGUACACGCUACCUAUUCAAGAUGAUGCGCCAGCUUAAGACAAAUCCUGCCACGGCCGAGAAGAACGUCACGACAGAGUACAUGGCCCGCUACCUCGCCAAGAAGGACGAUAGGGCCGACAUCAAGUACAUAGGAGACCUCUACUCGCCCGUCUUUUUCAUUAAGAGCUUUGCGCAUCGUGCCGCGUACCUCGUCGAGCAGACACUGCAGCUGCGCGACAACGCGCGGCGCAGCUGGAAUAGCCUGCUGGUCGAAAUGUACCGUUGCAGCAAGGCGCAUUCGCAAUUCCUCGUCGUCCGCAACUUCUCCCUCGCGAUUCUCAACGACGACGAGCUGAACCGUAAGCCAGCACUGCGCCAGAUCAUGCAGCGCCUCUACCUGCUCUUCUGCUGCUACACCAUGGAGCAGGAAGCCGCCGACUUCCUUACCUCGGGCUUCAUCGACGGGCGCCAGGCGCAUAUUGUCUCCAACAAGGUGCAGGAGCUCCUCGCCGAGGUGCGCCCGCAGGCAGUUCCGCUCGUCGACGCGUUCGCCCUGCCGGACUUUUUGCUCAACUCGUCCCUCGGCAGGGCCGAUGGCAUGGCCUACGAGGCUCUGUUCGACUUUGCCGUCCGCGAGCCGAUCAACUCAACGCGAUGGGACGUCAACAUCGAUGACCUCGACGCCGCCGACAUGGAUGAGAUUCCGAGAGCGAGCAAGCUAUGA